AUGAGGAUAUUCAAUAAUGAAAAAGUAGAGGCUUACGAUCAAACAAGCCUUUCAUUCGAGAACAUUACUGAAGAUGGCACAACAACAGGCCAAGCUCAGCGAGGUUUGAAUGCUCGCCACAUCCAAAUGAUUUCUCUUGGCGGUUGUAUAGGUACUGGUCUUUUCUUGAACUCUGGCCAGAAUAUUGCUGAGGCUGGUCCUGCUGGAGCAUUAAUUGGUUAUUGUGUUAGUAAGUGCUAA